AUGCAAUGUAUGUCGCGCAUAUAUCUCGACAUCUUCCCCGGGCCAUUGCACCAGAUGGGGGCACCUCCUCCUACUCCCCCGUCAUCGUCAUCGUCGCUUCACCCUCGCACGAGUCGCACAAACAUGCCCCCCCUCAUCCGCGUCGCCAUCAUCGGCCUCUCCGCCUCGGCUGUCACCUCGUGGGCCAGCCAAGCGCACCUCCCGUACCUCCUCUCCGCGCGGGGCCGCGCGCGCUUCACCAUCGUCGCGCUAUGCAACUCGAGCGUGGAAGCCGCCCGCGCCGCCAUCCGCGCCUUUGACCUGCCGUCGCCACCGCCAUCACCGUCCAGCGCGGGAGGAGGAGCGGGAGGGCAGCCAGGGCAAGGGGAAGGGGAAGAAGGGGUCCUCAACGGCAUACGCGCGUACGGCGACCCGCAGAGCCUCGCCGACGACCCAGACGUCGACCUCGUCGUCUGCUGCACCCGCGUCGACGUGCACCUCGCGACCGUCCUGCCCAGCGUGCGCGCGGGAAAGCACGUGUACGUGGAGUGGCCGCUGGCGCAGGACGAGCGGCGCGCGAGGGAGUUGCUUGAAGCGGCGACAGAGGCAGGCCGUGUUGGAGCAGGACUAUUAGGGGAGAAGAAGCAGCAAAAGAUCAUCGUGGGCAUGCAGGGACGCGUCGCUCCCCCCCUCGUCAAGCUCAAGCAGCUCCUGGCCGAGGGUCGCAUCGGUAGGGUCCUCAGCUCCGAGGCGAGGGCGUUUGGCGGGUCGCACGACCGCGAGAGGCUGAUGGUGGGACUGAGGUGCUUUACGGAGCUUGAUGUCGGGGGGAAUAUCGUCACGAUUGGGUUUGGUCACUUGUUCGAUCAGAUCCAGCACGUCCUCGGCGACAUGCAAGACAUCCGCGCCCAGCUGCAGCUCCAGCGCCCCAACGUCACGCUCAUCGAGCCGCCAUCCUCCUCCUCAUCCUCCUCCCCUUCUUCGUCCCCCAGCAAAGUCGUCGAGAUAACGCGCUCCAACGUCCCCGACCUCAUCAUCGCAACCGGCACGCUGCUCCCCCUCAUCCACCAGCUCCAGCCCGCCUCCUCGCCCACCACCACCACCACUGCCACUACGAACCAGCUCAACGCCGUCAGCAGCGGCAGCGGUGUCGGCAGCGGCAGUGCUCCCAGCGUCCUCAUCUCAUACCGCCGCGGCCAGCCCUUCCCCGGCACCCCCGCCUUCGUCUGGACCAUCAACGGCGAAAGGGGCGAAAUCCGACUCACCGCCCCGGGCGGGCCCACGCUGCAGUCGUCGACGUAUGCGCACGGCACUCGCGUGACCAUUGAGGUGCACGACUUUGCUGGCCGCUCCGUCUCCGGCGGCGGCGGCGGUGGCAGCGGUGGUGGUGGCAGCGGCGGCAAUGGUGGUGAUGUCGUCGAGAGCGUGCCGUGGGAGUGGGAGGCGUGGCAGGGGGCCCUGCCGGUUCCUGCGCGCAACGUUGCGCGCAUCUACGAGGACUUUGCGGAGGGCAGGGCGACGCCGUCGGGCGAGGACGCGUUGAAGAGACAUGUGCAGCUGGGGGAGAUUCUGCGAGCGUGGACGCCGCCGCACUGACUGAUGGCUUUGGCAGCGGGAUGAAUCGAUGAUACUGCCAGCCCAGGCUCUGGGAGGGGAUGGAUGAAAAGAAGCACUUGCCAGGAUCAACAAUAUGUAUAGUUCGUGCAUCGACCGAGUCAUCAUCGCGUUUGAUGGAAUUUAUUAUAGCGACUCAUGAUAGGAAUACCGUUUCUUUGCCCAUUCUCAUCGAAUAGCGGGG